AUGAUUUAAAGAAUAAAAUUAAAAUUCCUUGAUAGACAAAGCAAAAUGUAUUUAACUACAAAUUUAGAUGGAUUACAUAUGAAUAUAGUAAGUGCUUUAAAUUUUAUACAAAACCUGAGAAUAAUGAUUCAUUUAACUCUGGUUCGUUUGAUGGAAGAAUCAUCAUACAAAUAAUUAAAUAUUUAGUUUUUGUUUUUGGAUAUUUUUUAGUUCUUAUUGAAAAAGAGAAAAUUAUUAAUUCUUUUUCAAUUUCUUCUAUAACUAUAUAGACACCAAAAAAACUAGAGGGACAUCUUGUUAAACCAAAAUAAAUGGAAUCCUUAGUUUAUUUGUAAGGUCAAAUCUUAUGUGAAUUUUUUAAAUGAUGAAAAACUUAUUUCUGGAAGCACCUAUUAUACUAUGAAUUUGUGGAAUUUGCAUAAAAAUAAAAAAUGA